AUGGGUGGCACGGCGCUGUCGGGAGCGCUGUGGCUGGGGCUGCUGUGGGCCGGGAGCGGGGCCGGGGGCAGCUGCCAGGGAAAGUGCUGCCAGGGCCGGGAUGCCGCCUGCGUCGGCGAGGGAUGGAGGGAGGGAGGUGGCUACGGGACCUGCUACUGCGACGAAGGCUGCCGGCGAACCGGGGACUGCUGCCACGACCACGGCCAGGCGUGCCCGGCUAUUCCCUGUGUCGUGGGGGAGUGGAGUCAUUGGAGUGGCUGUGCAGAGCAAUGUCAUCCUGGACUGCGGAUCCGUAGGCGCUACGUUCAACAGGAACCUAAAAACGGUGGGGAGCCGUGCCCAGCUCUGGAGGAGAAGGCUGGCUGCCUGGAAUACCUGACUUACCAGGGGGAGGACUGUGGCCAUGAACAUGUCCCUGCUUUCAUAACUACCUCUGAAUACGCUAAAGAAAGAAGACCAGCAGCAUCUUCUCUCCGGCCUUCAGACAAACAAGCACCAGGAUACUGCGUGGAGUUCAGGACAGAAUCCCUUUCCCAGCACUGCGCCCUGGAGACGCGUCCGCACGCGCGCUGGAUGCAGUACCUGCGCGAGGGACACACGGUGUGCGUCGCCUGCCAGCCCCCGGCCAUGAGCACGGCCACGCAGCGCUGCGCCGGAGACGGCCGUAACGCACACGGAGAUAAAAUCUUACACUGGGAAGCAAUUGGCAACUCUCAGUGCCAAGGAACCUGGAAGAAGAUCCGGCAACUGGAACACUGUUCCUGUCCCCUUGUGCAUAGUUUUAUUUUUACAUAAAAGUUUAAAAGAUCUUUAAAAUGGCAACAAAAAGAGUAAGAAAAUUAACACCAAUGCCAAGAAACCUAUAUAUUUCUGCUGCAUUUUCUGGAGACUUAACAAAUUUUAAACGAGCCA